AUGCCUUCCUUACAAACUCUCAUUCCAGCUGCAGCCAUUGCCUGGCUUGUAGGUACUGCAAGCGCUGCCUACACACUCCAAGAUGUCUACGACUCCACCAACUUCUUCGACGGGUUUAAUUUCCACGAUGGCCCUGACCCAACCAACGGCUUCGUUGACUAUGCCAAUGCUGAGACUGCAAACAAUGCUGGGCUCGCCGGGCUCUCUCAGGACGGCGUCUACAUGGGAGUUGACCACACCACGAUGAGCCCGCCGAAUGGACGCGCAUCUGUUCGCGUCGAGUCCCAAAAGCAAUACACCCUGGGACUCUUCAUUGCCGAUAUCAAGCACAUGCCUGGCGCAGAGUGUGGAUCCUGGCCUGCCUUCUGGACAUACGGUCCAGACUGGCCCAAUGCUGGUGAAAUAGAUAUCAUGGAGGGCGUCAACACUCAAUUGACCAACGACGUUACCCUUCACACAUCGGGAAGCUGUUCCAUGAACAACCCUAACUCCCAGCUAGGCUCUGUCCUCAGUAACGCCGACUGCAGUGGCACUAGGGGAUGUGGUCAGGCAACCAUCGAUCCAUCAAACUACGGGACCGGCUUCAACACCAUCGGUGGUGGAGUUUAUGCGAUGGAGUGGACAAAUGAGGUUAUCGCAGUAUAUUUCUUCCCACGCUAUGCCAUCCCGGACGACAUCAAUUCUGGCAACCCCGAUCCGAGCACCUGGGGCACCCCCCUGACCAACUUUGUCGGUGACAGCUGCAACAUUGGCUCCCACUUCAAGAAUCACUAUAUCGUAUUCGACACGACGUUCUGUGGAGACUGGGCCGGCGGUGUUUGGGGAGAUCAGUGCGGUGCUCGGGCCGCAACCUGCGAGGACUUUGUGAGCCAGAACCCAGCGGCGUAUGAAGAGUCGUAUUGGCUUGUCAACUCUGUCAAGGUAUACACCAACUGA